UCAAUCCGCCAAGAAGCCAUGUGGCUCCAAAUCAUACGUAAGGCUUUAAAUCUACUCUAUCGAAUCGCACAAUCCUCGAUAUAUCCUCUCGCUCUCUCUCUGUUUCGUUGGAAUCUGACUCACACACUCCGCUUUUAACCAUUGAAGCACACGUAUCCAACACUUUGUUUACUCCGAUUUUGAUUGUAGGCACUGAGAAAUGGUAGUGUUCAAGGUUUCGCGAGUGGAGACUACGCCUUUCGAUGGCCAGAAACCGGGAACUUCUGGUCUUCGUAAGAAGGUGAAAGUGUUCGUGCAACCUAAUUACUUGCACAAUUUUGUUCAGGCAACAUUUAAUGCCUUGACUGCUGAAAAAGUCAGAGGUGCUACACUUGUUGUUUCUGGUGAUGGCCGCUACUUCUCAAAGGAUGCCAUUCAGAUUAUUAUCAAGAUGUCAGCUGCAAAUGGAGUAAGGCGUGUUUGGGUUGGUCAAAAUGGAUUACUUUCAACUCCUGCUGUGUCAGCUGUAAUUCGUGAAAGAGUCGGAGUAGAUGGAUCCAAAGCAACUGGAGCAUUUAUAUUGACUGCAAGUCACAAUCCAGGUGGUCCACAUGAGGAUUUUGGAAUCAAAUAUAACAUGGAAAAUGGUGGACCUGCUCCCGAGGGAAUCACGGAUAAGAUUUAUGAGAAUACAAAGACAAUCAAAGAGUACCUAAUUGCUGAUCUACCUAAUGUUGAUAUUUCUGCAAUUGGCGUGAGUAAUUUUAGUGGGCCUGAGGGACCAUUUGAUGUUGAGGUUUUUGACUCAGCAAGCGACUAUGUGAAAUUGAUGAAGUCUAUAUUUGAUUUCGAGUCCAUAAGGAAGCUGCUUUCAUCUCCGAAAUUCACAUUUUGUUAUGAUGCAUUACAUGGAGUUGCUGGGGCUUAUGCAAAACGUAUUUUCGUGGAGGAGCUUGGUGCACAAGGGAGUUCAUUGUUGAACUGCGUACCCAAGGAGGAUUUUGGAGGAGGUCAUCCAGAUCCCAACCUUACUUAUGCAAAAGAGUUGGUUGCUCGGAUGGGAUUGGGUAAAUCAAACUCUGAGGUUGAACCGCCAGAAUUUGGUGCUGCUGCUGAUGGUGAUGCAGAUCGUAACAUGAUCCUUGGUAAAAGGUUCUUUGUCACUCCUUCGGAUUCUGUUGCAAUUAUUGCUGCCAAUGCAGUUGAAGCGAUUCCUUAUUUCUCUGCUGGACUAAAGGGGGUUGCCAGGAGCAUGCCAACAUCAGCUGCCCUCGACGUUGUGGCCAAACAUCUGAAUUUGAAAUUUUUUGAGGUUCCCACUGGCUGGAAGUUUUUUGGCAACUUGAUGGAUGCAGGACUGUGUUCAGUUUGUGGGGAAGAAAGUUUUGGAACUGGCUCAGACCAUAUACGUGAGAAAGAUGGAAUUUGGGCAGUUCUGGCUUGGCUAUCUAUACUUGCUCACAAAAAUAAGGAAAACCUCAAUGGCGGAAAGCUUGUGACCGUUGAAGAUAUUGUUCGCAACCAUUGGGCUUUCUAUGGCCGCCACUAUUAUACUCGAUAUGACUAUGAGAAUGUUGAUGCAAGUGCAGCAAAGGAACUAAUGGCGCACUUGGUUAAUCUGCAAUCUUCCCUUGGUGAAGUUAACAAGAUUGUGAAGGGGGUAAGGUCAGAUGUGUCAAAUGUUGUCCACGCUGAUGAAUUUGAAUAUAAAGACCCUGUUGAUGGUUCAAUCUCAAGUCACCAGGGUAUUCGAUAUUUGUUUGAGGAUGGUUCUCGAUUGGUUUUCCGUCUCUCGGGAACUGGCUCAGAAGGUGCAACCAUCCGUCUCUACAUUGAGCAGUAUGAGAAGGAUCCAUCAAAAACAGGAAGAGAUUCUCAGGAAGCACUUGCUCCUCUUGUGGACGUUGCCCUCAAACUUUCUAAGAUGCAGGAAUUCACAGGUCGAUCUGCACCAACUGUUAUUACAUAGAUAGAUAAUGCUACAUGCAAGAGUGAAAUUUUCUCUUAAAUAUUAAAAUUUAUCUCCUAGAUGAGUUGAUCUCUGCUGUGAUAUUUUGGAACUUCAUAAGAAACUUUGACUGCUUAUGUAUCUUUGGCUUAUUUAUACUUGGAAUAUGCGGCCUUAAGGGCACAAGAGUAUGUGCCAGAAAACAAGCCGAUCUAAAUUUUUGACGUGCAAAAUAAUAUAAAAUACCUCAUUACUUGGCGUUUAGUGCCAUUCAUAUGA